AUGAUCAAGACUCUCGACAUCAAGAGUGCACUAAUUACUGGUGGCGGCGGUGGCAUCGGGUUUUCCAUCGCACAGUACUUUUCAUCCCUCAACAAGAAAGUCAUCAUCUGUGGUCGCACAGAGUCCAAGCUACAAGAGGCUCAGAAACAACUAAAAGGGAGCUCGUAUUAUGUCCUGGACACCGGCGAUAUCAAGGCUAUACCCGACUUCAUCAAGAAGAUCACCACAGAACAUCCAGAUCUUGACUGCCUCGUCAACAAUGCAGGAGUGCAGCGACCAUUGUCCGUUAACGAUAUGGAGCCGAGGGACUUCCUGGAGAAGGCAGACAACGAGAUAAACAUCAAUGUCCACGGCCCCAUGCAUCUAGCUGUCGGCCUCCUACCUCAUUUCAAGACAAAGCCCGGCGCCGUGAUCAUGAAUGUAUCCUCGGUGUUAGGCUUCAUCCCCACCUCAAUCUUAAAUCCUGUCUACAACGGCACAAAGUCUUUCGUACACUUCUGGUCCAUGAAUCUGCGUACACAGCUCGAGCAGGGUGGCCACAAUAUUCGUGUCAUCGAGAUCGCGCCGCCCAGCGUGAGUACUGACUUGCAUCGCGAGCGUGCCGACCCGAACGACAACAAGAAGGACAAGAAUGCUUCGGCCUUGACGGUCGAGGAGUUUAUGGACGAGAUCAUUGAGCAGUGGAAGGCUGACGUGGACGUUAUGGGUGCCGGGCCAAGCAAGCAAGUGGUCGACAAGUGGUAUGAGUCGUUCGGAGAGAAGUAUGACCAAGCGGCUGGGAAGAAGUGA